CCAGAACGAUAUUGAAUUCGCUGAAGCAUAUAAACAUGCUAUUUCUGUUGUCAUUAUAGGCUAUGCUAGGCCUGUUGCGUGUGGUAUGAAAUGUUGUGUUAAUCCAUUUGACAUUCUAGGUAUUACGGAUAUCGUAAGAAAAAAGAUCUCGGGUACAUAAUUAGGAAUUGCUGACAAUGGCUUCCAAGAUCCACUCACAGGAGAAACCAGUUACAUAGAUUGCGAAAAGACGAUUUCUAAUCAAAGUAUUAUCCAGUACACAUUGAAGAACCAAGAUGGCGCUAGUGUUGAAACUAAACUAUGUGGACAACUUGAAGGGGAAGACGGCCAAAGUUGCAAGGGCGAGUUAUAGAGAUUUUAGUGUCUUGUCCAGUGUGGUCAGAUGUCAAAAUGGCACGGCUUUCUUCGGAGAGACCAUGAGCUGGCCAAUGGCAAGUGCCGUGGAACCCAACGACACUGUCAAGAUAGAAAUAUUCAACUUCAACAAAUAUUUCUCCAAGAAGUUGGUGGGGACUUUCACCAUGGUCCUCCAAAGUAUCAUGGACGAGCCCAUCUUCAAAGCAGCAGAGCCACUGCUCAAUGCUCACAAUCAAGCACUACAAAGUAAAGUCUACUUUGAGUUGAACUACAUGUCUCCCGACGGUAACUGCGGGACGUGGACACCAGAUGACAUCAUGAAGGAGGGCGGUAGUGGUGGCUACGAUGCUCCCGAUGGAGGGAGUGAGAUGGAUUACAACCUCGAUGAUGUUUUAGAUCGAGAGUCGGAGGCAGAAAAUGAACAUCGGAGCGUAAAGUUCAAUCCUAAUAUUGGCGUCGGAGGUGGUAGUAAGAUGUCGAGUUCAGACGAUGAUAGUAUGCUGGAUGACAUGGUGGGAGUGGGACAGCUCGGAGGCAAAAAAUUUCCCAGCAAACUGGAGCCAACCUUGGACAAAGUACAGGAUUAUCAGGUCAAUAUCGGAAUCUAUGAAUGUCGCGUAGCUGUAGGGUUGAAAUUCACGAUAUCGCCCCUGGUCAAAAUAGACAUAAUUGAUCAGUGCAAACGUGUACAGGGAGCGCAUACAACUCUCCAAGGAGGAGGAGAAAAGCCGGAAGGCCUCCUCGGCAUGAUUGCUGGCAGUCGAUACAAACCGUCGUGGAUGAAUGUCAACAAGCUGAUGAACAAGAAGACACCAAGAAAGUAUUUCGUGUUCGACUUCCAUACCACCAAGGCAGAACUGUUCGAUCAAGUCAUUCAACUCACAGCUGUGGCAACAUCCAAGUCGAUCCCAGGCUUCAAAAGGGGCCAGAAAAUUGGUAUAUUCAAGAUAGAUGUCGGCACAGUAUAUGCAGCACAAGAUCAUAUGUUCUACCACAAAUGGGCAGUUUUGGUUGAUCCUGAUGACGGUGCCUCAGGGGUCAAAGGUUAUCUGAAAUGUGACCUCUCGGUCACUGGGAAGGGGGAACAAGUCAAGACCCCCACAACAGGCAUAGCUGGAGUUAAAGAGAUUGUCCCAAAAAACUUGAAAGAUGAUGAAGAUGAUGAAGACAUCGAGGCAAAUCUUCUCCUGCCUGUUGGAGUCUCAGUCGAUCGCCAGAUGGCAGAAAUUGCUGUCAAAAUCUAUCGGGCGGAGGAUCUUCCCCAGAUGUAUUCCGACGUGAUGGCGAGUGUCCGCAAAGCUAUCAUUGGUGACAACAAGGCACUGGUGGAUCCAUAUGUGGCGGUGAACUUCGCCGGACAGAAGGGUAGGACGUCAUCGUGCAAAAACACGUACAACCCCCUCUUCAAUGAAGCGAUUGUCUUCCGUGACAUCUUCCCGCCGUUAUGUAACCGCAUCAAACUGCAACUGCUCGACGAGGACGCACUUAAAGAUGAGGUCAUCGCGACCCAUUACAUUGACCUACACCAGAUUAUGUAUCCAGGUGAGAGUGGAUUCCUCCCACAAAUGGGCCCCUGCUGGAUUAACUUCUACGGUGCCCCCCGUGGUCAGACGCUGAAGGAUAAAAUGGAAAAACACAACGAGAUGAAUCUCGGUCAAGGUGAAGGAUCAGCCUAUAGGGGGCGCCUGAUGAUCGCGAUCAAGACGGAGCUGAUUGAGGCUGAUGAGUACGAGGCAAUACAGAACGGCGUGGAUGUAUCACAGGCUAAUCCUGUCUCAGAUAGUGUCUGCGGUGUGAAAGAAGACUUCACAUUAUUCUGCACAGUGAUCGAUGCCUCCAUGUUAUGUAUGGAAGUGACUGGUGGUAAAGAAGUGACACUUGAGCUCAGCAUUGGUGUCCUUGGCAAUGAGCUUGAUGGUCAAGGUUAUGGUCGAGACGAGGGUAAAGAUCCACCAACGGAUGCCCCGCGUGUCCUACCAGCCAUCAGCACCCUCGUCCCUAUGAAACCGGUCACUGGGGACAACAUCCAUUACCGUCUGCCCAUCGAAGAAGAAAAGCCCGUUCUGUAUCAGACGAUUCCCUGGGAGGAUCACAGGAGGCGCUUCUAUAUCACGAAUAUGCUGGAAAAGAUCGCAGAUAAGAUGGCUGACGGACUUGCUGAUGCUCGAGAUGCCUUCAGACGCGAGAAUUCAAGAGCCUACAAACGACUGAAAAGGACUUUAAGAGUCCUCAACGCGGAUAUAACGACGUAUCUCAUGUACUCGCGAGGGUCAUCAGGCGGCGCGGGCGUAAAGACGAAACUCGACAAGGACAGGAAGAAGUUGUGCGAGACUCAAAUGGAGAGAGUCGCGACCAAAGCCGAGCGAAUACGCAAGGAAGUGUGUUUUGAAAACAUGAAGUAUAAGAUGAGAGAGUCCCGCGCUGUGCUCAACACUAUUCGUCAUCUUGCAAAAGAGCCUCAGCACGGUCUGCCCGACAUCUUCAUCUGGAUGAUAUGUAACAAGAAGCGCAUAGCGUAUGCCAGAAUCCAGGCCAGGGAUAUCAUCUAUUCCACUUGCGAGGAGGAGAAGGGCAAGGACUGCGGGGUCGUUAGGACCCUCUUCUUAAAGUUUCCUGGGAAGAAAGGUCUGGGAGAGGCAGCCUGGGUGAUUCCCGCCAAACUUCAACUGUUCAUGUGGCUUGGGAUAGAUAGGGGGCGCAAGGAGUACAUGACAACUCUACCCAAGGGCUACGAUAUCCCCAAACCGUUGAAAGGCCAGAAGAAGCGACCACCGUCAAGGAUAAUUUACAAAGACAAGUUCACCUUCACCCUCAACGCCUACAUGUUCCUGUGCCGAGGCCUCAUAGGCUCUGACGACAGCGGUCUCUCUGACCCGUUUGCCCGCGUGAUCUGCUUCGAUCGCUGCGUGACGACCCGGAUUUGCCCGGAGACACUCAGUCCGUGUUGGGACCAACUACUUACCAUAGAUAACGUUGACAUCUACUUCGGCUCCGAGGAUAUCAAGGUCGACCCGCCGAUGAUCAUCAUCGAGAUAUUCGAUCACGACGAUGUGGGUGACCCGGAGUUCCUUGGCAGGGCCAUCGCCAAGCCCCACAUCUACAUGUUAUGGGACGAGUAUGAACCCCCACAGCUACAGUGGUGGGAGGUCUACAGGGCUCAGUUCAAAGGUGGUGAGCUCCUGGCUUGUUUUGAGUUGGUCCAGGUCGGUGAAGAUGGCCAACUUCCCCCAUUCUGUCCUCCGUCACCACGGGAUAUGUUCAUCAAGGAUCAGAUCGCAAAGGGGAAGAAGGAGAAGGAUAUCAAACUCAUUCCCAUCCCGCGGCCGAUCAGGCCAUCUGUCUGCAAAUACAGAAUGGAGGUGUUGUUCUGGGGUGUGCGUGAUAUGCUGAAGCUCUUCCUCAUGUCUGUUGACCGACCUAGAGUUGACGUCGAAUGUGGUGGACAGAUCGUUUCAUCAACCGUCAUCACGAGCGCCAAAGUCAAGCCAAACUUUGAAGAUCCUGUGCAGUAUAUUGACUUGGAACUUCCUGAAAACUCGAUGUUCUGGCCACCCAUCAUGAUCCGGUGCGUGGACCAGCGGCAGUUUGGCCGGAUGGUCAUUGCUGGGACGCACGUCAUCAACCAUAUUGAUAAGUUUGUGACAGGAGAGGGAGGGGAGAAAGAAUUGUCAGAAUAUUACGACUCCACGUCGAUGUGUACCACCACCCAGAUGCCCGACGGAUCUAUCGUUGUGUCCCGCAUCUCCAACGGCAGUGUCCAGACGGAUUCGUUCAACGUUCCAGAGGGCGACCAAAAGAGUGCAUCAUUCCCACUACUGGACCAACGCAGCCUCCACAGCUUGGCGAUCCCUUCAGAUAACCGCAGCAUUCACAGCGGAGUCGAAGGAAGCAUCCACAGUGGGCGGCCACCAUCGAGUCUUCAUCGUCAAGCCCUGACAAAUAGUCUCAAGCAACUUCCAGAAUACGACACAACGGAUAACCGUAGCAUCCGCAGCGGGCAGUUCGAUAGCCGCAGCAUCCACAGCUUGCCGAGGGAAGGGGAUAGGCUCAGUCUGUACAGUCAGAGAGGGGUGUCGCCGGACCGCACAAGCUUACACAGUCAGCGCGCCUUGUCAUCUGAACAUGUAAGCAGGCAAAGCGGACAGGACCCGAUGAGUGUGAGUAGCAAGAGUCGUACCUCGACAGAGCGUUUGAGUGGACAGGGUGGGCCGCAGGACUGCAUGAGUUUGCAUAGCCAGAGUGGUACUUCUCCAGAGCGUUUGAGCUUGCGCAGUGGAUCUCAGGAUCGUAUGAGUGUGCAUAGCCAGAGCCUGACCUCGACAGAGCGUUUGAGUGGACAGGGUGGGGCGCAGGACCGGAUGAGUUUACAUAGCCAGAGCGGUACCUCUCCAGAGCGUUUGAGCUUGCGCAGUGGAUCUCAGGACCGUAUGAGUGUGCAUAGCCAGAGCCUUACCUCGACAGAGCGUUUGAGCAGACAAGGUGGGACGCAGGACCGUAUGAGUAUGCAUAGCCAGAGCGGUACCUCUCCAGAGCAUUCGAGCCUACACAGUGGGGCUCAGGACCGUAUGAGUAUGCAUAGCCAGAGCGGUACUUCUCCAGAGCGUUCGAGCUUACACAGUGGGGCUCAGGACCAGAUGAGUAUGCAUAGCCAGAGUGGAUUACCAUCUGAUAGCAUGAGUGUUAGGAGUGGCCAGGAUAGGAUGAGCAUGCACAGUCGGAACAGCCUAUCCCCAGAUCGAACGAGUCUCGCUGGCCAGGACAGUAUGAGCGUCAGAAGUGGCCAGGACCGUAUGAGCAUCAGAAGUAGCCAAGAUCGUACGAGUGUGCAGAGCCAGGGCAGUCUGGAAGCCGACCAUGCUAGUCUUCAUAGCCAGCAGGUCUCGAAUCAAGAUCGUAUGAGCCUGAAGAGUGGGACGCCUGAACGAUCGAGUGGACACAGCAGCCGUGGCAGUGUCUUGGGGCGCAUGAGCCUACGUAGCCAGAAAUCGGACAGUGACCGCGUGAGCCUGAUAAGUGAGAAUGAGAAAAACCUUGACAACGUAAGUCGCAGGAGCGGACUGUCGUACAAGAAUAAACAGCUGAUGACAAUUGAGGAGUCGCGUCGUUUAUCUUCGAUCAGCGAGUCUGGGAAAUCCCGCACUGGGAGCCUACACCCGAGUCAAGCCGGCUCCCAAGGAAGACUGGAUGCAAUUCCAGGCAGUCAAUUAGGCUCCAAGGCGGGUAGCCGCACCGGAUCCCGGGUACCGAGUUUGACAGGUUCACAGGCGGAUCUGGCCAAAGGAGAUGCUGUUGCGAUUGAUAUGGAGGGAAAGGAAGGAGGAUCGGCGCAGACGACAGAAGUUGGAGCAGACGGAAUGCCCCCGCCGCCCGUCAAGGAAGACAUACCAACUGGAGACCCCACCUUACUUCCUGAGUUGGAGCCACUCCUCAGUUGGCCUUCGAGGGAUAAUUCAGCAACUCCGUUACCGCCUGGUAACGGUAAAUUAAGAGAAUCGCCACCUUCGAGCGGAAAGCGAUUUUUCGUCUUUGAACGUCCUCCUAAAAAGGAGCCUGAGUGCAAACCGGAGACCAUGUCUGAAUCGUUACAUCCACCUAAAAAACAAAAGAAAGGCUUCUUUCAUUUCUUUUCCAAGAAAAAACGGAAGGAGAAGAAAGACGAGCCAAAAGACGCAGAUGAGUUGGACUGGUGGAGCAAAUACUACGUCACUCUGGAGGAUUUAGUUGCGGAGAACAAAGAGGAUGCUGAGAAGAAAGCACAGUCGGAGAGUUCAGAUGAUGAUGAUGAGGAUGAUGAGCGGAAUGAAAUGCUCGAUGAUGUUGGCCCAGGCUUUGGCCUCAUCCAGUUGGAAGGUAUGAAUAAAAUUAUUAAGAAACGAAAAAAGCGGCGGAAAAAACGAUUGAAACGAAUGGAGGAGCAAUUAAAGAAAGUGAAAAUCAAGGACAAACAGGGCGGAGAGAAUGUCAAGUAUGAAGAUGAUAAUGCAGAUGAUGAAAAGGCUCUUAUCGAGAGAAUCAAAUUCUACCGCUGUGAACUUGAGAACGUGUCCGGUUUCAACACCUUCGAGGAAUGGCUACAGAAAUUCCCGUUACUGCGCGGGAAGAAAUUAGACGAUGAGGAAGAAGACGAUAGCCGGUGUUCAGGGUUCUUCAAGGGUACGUUGAAUAUCUACCGAAUCGGAGCGGUAGAUGAGGAGAUUACACCACCAACCAAGAAUGAGCUGAAACUGAUGAAGAAUCUGCCGAGCAACGAGCCGGUUGAGGUCAAAAUCAGGAUUUACAUCAUCAGGGCUAAUGACCUCCAUCCUGCUGACACCAACGGUAAAGCUGAUCCCUACAUGUGCAUCACGCUCGGCAAACAGGUCCUCAACGACAAGAAGAACUAUAUCUCCAAGCAGCUGAAUCCGGUCUUUGGGAAGUGUUUCGAGAUGGAAGCAGUUUUCCCAAUGGAGUCGAUGCUGACCUUGAGUGUCAUCGACUGGGACAUGGCGGGGUCGGAUGACCUUAUCGGCGAGACCAAGAUCGAUCUCGAGAACCGAUUCUACAGUCAACACCGACCGGCGGUCGGACUCGCAAGUAAAUUUGAAAUCUAUGGUUACAACAAGUGGCGAGACCCGGUAAAGCCCAUGGCCAUCCUCAGCGCCAUCUGUAAAGAGCGAGGCCUGCCAGAGCCAAAGUAUGAAUCGAAUGCCAACAGGGUCAAAGUGGGACCCAAGUAUUUUGUUGGGCCAAAUAUGGUCAAGGAUGAGCAUGGUGAACAAAAGAUCUCUAAUGAGCCACUGGCUUUGGAGGCCCUGAAACAUUUCCAUGAUGUACCCCGUCAUGGCACAAAGCUUGUCCCAGAACACAUCGAGACGCGAGCGCUCUUCACUCCAGAGAAGCCAGGUGUGGAGCAAGGCAAGCUGGAAUUGUGGAUCGACAUGUUUCCCAAGUCCAACCCCCCUGACAGUCCUCCCGUGGACAUCAGUCCGAGGUUGCCAAAGAGCUAUGAAUUGCGCGUGAUAAUCUGGAACUGUGAUGAGGUCGAGCUUGAAGAUACAAACAUGUUCAGCGGUGAGGCGUCCAGUGAUAUCUUUGUGAAGGGGUGGCUCAAGGGUUUUGGUCAGGACGACCAGGCCACAGACGUCCACUACAACUCAAUGACAGGUGAAGGGAACUUCAACUGGCGUUUCGUCUAUCCGUUCGACUACUUAAAAUCCGAGGACAAGAUAGUUAUCAAACAGAAGGAGAGCAUCUUCUCUGUCGACGAGACGGAAUACAAGAUACAGCCGCGUCUGUACAUCCAGUGCUGGGAUGCUGACAUUGUAUCUUCGGAUGAUUUCAUUGGUUCCUUCAUGUUGCACUUGUCCAAAUUCCCGCGCGCAGCAAAAUCAGUCAAAUCCUGCAAGAAGGAGAUGCUAAACACGGACGGCAGCCAGCCGCAGAUAUCUAUCUUCAAGAAUAGGAGAGUGAAGGGCUGGUAUCCGUUUGUCGCCCUUGAUGAAACCUCGGGAGAGAUGGAACUGAAGGGGAAGUGCGAACUGGAGAUGCAUCUCGUCACACAUGAGGAGGCUGAAACAGGCCCUGUCGGAUUAGCCCGGAAUGAACCAGAGCCUCUGACAGCUCCCAACCGUCCAACCACCUCCUUCAUGAUGUACUUCUCUCCGUGCAAAGCAUUCUGCCGUUUCUUUUGGAGAAUGUACAAGUGGAGAAUUUGCAAAUGUUGCUGUAUUUUGUUCCUCAUUUUGGUCCUCGUCAUCUUCUUCUAUGCCGCACCACCGGCGGGGAUGAAUCGACUUUUUAACAUUGAGUUUCCAUCCCCGAAAUAGGGCUACAAAUAAUGUACCAUUAAACACCAGGUUUCAGCAAAUUUGUAUGCAUAAUAACUGCACUACGGCAUUGUGUAUAACUGCAUUUCUAUUUUCUUGGACCACCAGUAAUUAUGAACGGCGCACCCCUUUAAAGGCCAUCACCGUUCGUUCAAAAUUUGAAAUUUGAAAUUGAGAUUUUUCAAUACUGGUAAUGUAAAUGUACAUUGACUAUAAAUUUCAACAUUGCUGUUUUGUACAAUGAUAUAGACAUACCCCACAGGUCAUUCUUUAGCAUGUUUAAACAUCUCUGGUUGGAGCAUGUUAACAUGUCUGGUUGGAGCAUGUUAACUGGUUGGCAUUGUUUUUUUCUAUUUAUGUACGGUUGACACAAAAAAAAAUACAUUUUACUCAAAAGGCUCAGCCUUAAACAAUAAUAUGCUAACUCUGGUUGGGGAAAUGCUUGUCCCUCUAAGUGCAUGAAAUGUACAAAUACGCAGCAGAUUUGCAAAACACAUAUAGAUUACAAUCCUAACCUUUUCACCUAAUUUAAUAAUGCUUUGGACCUUAGGUUUAGGCUUGUGUUCUGUCUGACUGCUUGUAACUGAAUAGUGUAGAUUAUGAUAUAGAGACUUCAAUUGUAUUGCUUUACCCAUAGAGUUUUGAGGUUACUUAGUAUUUCAUUAUCUUGCAUAGUAAGGUAGAGUGGUACAAUGAAAGCCACAGUACAAUUAUAGCCUUUUUGUACAUCAAUGUACACUACAAGCUGUUCUCUACACUGGAGAGGCUACAUGUAUAAUUGUACAGAGGCUAUAAUUGUAUGACUUUAUAUAUGUACUGGUAGAAAAAACUGAGAAUGCUGAUUGAGCAGCUCAUCCGAGUUCUACUGAAAAUUUCAGAAUCCUUUCAUUGUUGCAGCCAUUUUUGACCAGCAGCGGCCCGUGCAUAGCAGUGGAUGCCAAUGCUGGACAGUGCUUAUUUUGAUUUGAAUUGGCAAAUGAUAAACCCCUUUAUGACCUCCAAAAUGGAUGCACAUAUGACAUCACUGCAUGACCUCAAUUUUAGGGUACAGAACACUACCUGCUUACGCUCUCAAUGUACCAGUCCAUGUUUAGCCACAAUACCAGUUCAGCCACUCCAGAUUUUAAUAUCUGGUGUGGCUAAACUGCCAUUUCUGAUAUGUGCCAAAUAUUUGUUUUAUUUCAGUUUUAUAUGGUGCAUUGUAAAUAGCAUAAAAUUACAGAGGAGUGGUGAAAGUUACUGCCGGCUAGCGCUGUAAUAAAUGGUAACAUAAUUCCUGUGAUGUGGAGGAUGAAAAUAAUUCCCUUUUGCAAUUAAGUGUACUCAAACAAAUGGAAUUUUUGUGUACAUUUUCUGAUGCAUCCCAUAACUGCACCCUCUAUAUUAAAAAGGGUCACAUCAUACAGGAACUCUAUACAUUAAGUGAUGGCCCCUGCAGUAACUCAAGCUUCUUCUCCUUAAAGGGUGACUAUCGGCAGGAAAUAGGUGGGUCAAAUUGGUAGUCUUCAGGUGACUAGUAUCGACAGUUAGGUUGCAUUUUAUUCAGUGAUGAAUUUCUCCUUGGUACAAUUAAGCAUGAAUAGCUUUCAUAUAUAGCAAGAUGGGAGAGACCCCUAUUGCCAACUUCGGAUAUCUUAAUCUAACCUGUCUGACUCCUGCCUAUAGACUGCCUUUAAUUGUUUAAACCCAUUGUCUUUCAAAUUUUAAUUUUGCAAUGUGAAUAAUAAUGAGUUAAUAUUGAACCGUGGAAUGUUAAAGAUUUCAAGUUUGAAUUUUAAUAAUCAAGUGACAGGUUGUAUGAAUAGUUGCACCAUCCUUAAAAAGUUAAAAUAAAGGGUAGCCACCUAUGAAACAGAAAAUGAACUAUCAUGUGUGUGCAUUAUGUACAUUAAUAGUUCCUUUUCUCUUUCAUAGGUGGCUCCUCUCAUAUUUCUAUUCAUUAAUGGAGUGAGGCUCAGUAUUAUGCUGACAGCCCUCUGAAUGACAAAAGAAUGCUUGCAUGACAGGCUUGAUCAGACUAAUUGAAUGAAAUACAUAGGCCUGAUCCUUUGAAAUUGCUAUGCAGAGUGCAUUGGAUCCCAUUAUCAUAUAAAGUAUGAUGGUUAAGCUUAAAACCGCUCUUAAAACGAGAGGCUGAGUGUACAUAUAAGUCUUGUCAUGUGUCAUAAAGCCUUGUAACCCCUCUUGAACCACAAGCUCAAGUCUACACAGAACUCAUGUCACGUGUCAAGGUUCACGUGUCUCGAUUCACCAUCGGUCGGUCAAGAUUGAGCGCAAUCAAAUGAAAAUGGCUUAGAAAUGUCUUCCACUUAUUGUACAUAAUCAAAAGUCACAAUGUGUUUACUUUAUGUCUGUUUCAUUUAUGUUCAUUCUUUUUAUCUUUCAUAAGUCCAAUAAAGUUAAUAUAC